AUGUUGCAGCAUUUGGAUGUUUCUUAUAAUUCAUUUGAUAACAGAAGUUAUUAUUGUCCUGAUGAAGUGUUUAAAGAGCUUAAAUCGAUCCAAAGUCUGCAUAUUGACGCUGUUGUAAAUGUGUCAUUCGGAAAGGAAUUUUCUAGACUCCAUAAAUUGACAAACCUGAAGUUAACUGGAUUAUCUGCACGGAAAACAGUACAUAAUGACUUUUUUCGUCAUCUCCCCAACUUGAAAUUUAUUGAUAUGUCUUCACAGUGGGACAGAAAUGUUUCAAUGUUUUCUGGACUAAAAAGUAUUGAAAGGGGAACAUUUAGAAGACUUCCUUACUUGGAGGUCUUGGAUAUAUCCUACCAUCGUCGGAUAGGAUUGUGUGGCUUUACAAAUGUCACUCAUGAUCUUCCCUUUACGUCGAUUAAAGUGCUCAAAGCUCAAUAUCUUGGAUGUGAACGAGGUGGUAGUACCUGGUUGUUUAACAAUGACAUAAAACCUUUAUUGAAUACCAAACUGCAAGAAUUAUAUGUCGAUGGGAACAAUUUAGAUAAAACAGAACUCGAUGCUACAACUUUCAUUCCUAAGUCAUUGCGUUACCUAAGUGCUACAGACAACAGAUGGAUAGUUGCGAAAUAUGCAUACUUUAACACACUGCAUCAUUUAACAAAUAUCAAGAAAAUUGAUUUGAGCUUUCAAAACAGACACCAGAUGUCACAGUCUUUACACUCUUGGCAAUGCGUUGAACCAUCUUCAGUUGCCGAAAUAUCUUGCUUAUGUAAAAGAUUUCCAUAUACAGAAAAUGUUAACCAUUUAACAUUUGAACUAAACAGUCUACAAUCUAAUCUACUGACCAUGAGCAAAAACGAAAAUAAAACUAAUUAUUUCACAACAAUCCAUUCUUGUGUACCAUAUUUCUAUCCUUCAUUUCAACUUGUAAUCGUACCACCUAAUACAGAGGAAAUUAUUGUAGAAAGUGCUCGAGUCGGAUAUUCUAUUCCACCUGUAUAUAUUAGCACGUCUACAGUUAAGAAAUUAAAUUUACGAAAUAAUCAGAUAUACUCCUUUACUGGGCCUUUGUGUAACUUUACAAAUCUGCAAUACCUUGACCUUUCUGGAAAUAGGGCAACUGAUAUUUCUUCAUAUAUAUUUGGAGCUUUAUCAAGUCUUCAACAUUUGGCGCUUGAUAAUAACAUUCUCGACAGCGAUCGACAUUUUACAAAGGAUAAGAUGGUGGACUAUCUAGAAAAACAAAGAGAUUUCCGUUUAUGUAUACAUCAUAGAGAUUUUAUUGCAGGAUGUGGAAUAGCAGAAAAUAUCACAAAUGCUAUCCACAACAGCAGAAAAUUUGUCUGCGUACUUUCAGAGGAUUUCAUGUUAUCCGAAUGGUGCAUGUAUGAGUUUAAUAUUGCAUUGACAGAAAGUACAGUCUCAAGACAAUGUCAGAAUAUGAUAAUUAUGCUCCGAUUAGGACGGAUGGAUAUGAAGAAUAUCCCCACUGAGAUUAUGUACAUAUUAAAAGAGGAUACUUAUAUAGAAUACCCCGAGAACGAAAACGAUAGAGGAAUGUUCUGGGAAGAUAUGGCUGAAUCAUUAGUUUCGUAA